GCAUUACGCCAAAAACGUGCAUGGGAUGUAGCCUUGGCCCCAGCAAAGCAGAUCCCAAUGCAAGGAUUCAUGCUUUAUAUGUCCGGUAGUGGUGUUCAAAUUUUCAGUAUGAUGGUAGUCGGAAUGUUAUUAACGAAUCCGAUCAAGGCGAUCAUGACGAUCACAAACGCAUUCGCACCUUAUUCGACACCAGGAAAAUCAAAUGACUUGAUACUGCACAAGCUUUGUUUUAUUGCUUGUCAGUUGGCUUGCGUUGGAUUGGGAAUAUAUAAAUGCUGGAGUAUGGGUUUAUUGCCUACCGCAAGUAGCGAUUGGUUGGCAUGGAGAGAGCCAAGAACGCCACUCGAGUUUUCACCAGUGUAUCCAUAG